AUGGCUCAUAGCAACCUCUCGGCAGUUGAGCAACAGCAGCACGUUUACGAGUCAUUGUGCCGCUACUUCGACGAGCAUGAGAACGAAGUGAUCGAAAUCGAGAUCCUGCCACCUGCAAUCAAGCCUCCAGAUGGAGUCUUGAUGCAAGAUGGCUCAAGCCUGGGCAUACCGAAAAAAGUGCUUGCUUUGGCAUUUCUGGCAGCACGGCAGGCGUUCUUUGACAAUAAAGAUAACAGUCGGACCGAUCCAAAGGCUCUCCAAGCGACCAAGGUCAUAUUACUGUUUGAUCCAGAGCAUAUUACGGCUGCAAACUUCCGCAAGCGCAGAUUGCUGGCUCUGAGGGAUGCAGUCGACAUGCUUGUAUACCAGAAAACAUUGCUUUCAGAGCUUUGUUUCCUCGAUAGCAUCCUUACUUCUCCGUUGCAUCGACAAACCAAAUCGCCAACCCUUUGGUAUCAUCGCUCGUGGCUGCUGCGGCUGAUAGCCCCUCUUGAAUUGAAAAGCGCUUCCGGCAAACGCAUUGCUACAAUCAUCUCUGCUGCGCUGGACUCCGUAUGCAAAUCUGGAGAGCGACACCCGGGGAAUUACUAUGCCUGGCAAUAUGCCCGCCGGCUGGUGAUUGCUCUUGGACGUGUCGCCGCCGAAGUCGAUGCACCUUUCCCGUUCGAUUGGGUAGUAUCUGCAUUCUCUGACCGAGUCUGUACCUGGUGUUUCAAGAACCCAAGCGAUAUUUCAGGCUGGUCGUUCCUCCUCUUUCUGCUCGCACGACUUGAUCCUGUCGACGAACGAGACGAAAUAGUAGAGAAAGUCUUGCAGUACGCCACGAAAGUAAGGUCCAAGAACGAGUCGCUCUGGGUCUUCGUUCGGAAUGCGCUCGCGCACCCCACGCUUUUGGAGGAUCGUGAAGCUCUUAUCGAGACACUCGAAGAACGUCUCGAAGAUGCAAAGGCAACAGACCAAGACUCUACAUACUCACAGUAUAUGAAGCAGAGUCUGCACUGGAUUCCCAUCCCAGGCAAGCCGAAAUCGCGUCCUUGA